AUGACUGGUACCAUGCGACUCAAAAUUGUUCUAAUACUCUGUUGUAUAUCGGCAAUUUCCGGCAACGACAUAUACAACCAGGCUUGGUACAGUAAAUUGGACUCUAGUAAACAAGCACACUAUGAUAAUCUCACGGAUGAUAUCACUAGUUUCCUCAAUGGAGGGGACGACUCACACAGACACGAUGAGUACCGAGGCUUUGGACCUGUGCUUCUGCGCACCUCGUUUCAUGCAGCCGGUACGUUCGAUCACAAAUUCAACAAAGGCGGUAUCAAUGGAGGCACUCUCCAGCAUAACAAGGUGUUGGAGAAAUCUGGGAAUGCGUGUAUUGACAUCGCCACAGAUGUGAUCAAAGUGUUUGCGAGACGCAACAAAAUAUCGUUCGCAGACACCACUGCCAUAGCCGGCGCCCUGGCGUUGAAAUCCAUGGACUUUCCGCGUAUGGAUCUCAUCAGCGUGAAAGGCGGUCGCUUUGACCUGGAUGCCUCGCACGCUGGCGGUCCAAGUGACCUGCCCAAUGCCCAGGUAAAUCCACUCCAGAAGUUCACAGACGAGUACGGCUUUUCCACAGCAGAGUUUGUUGCACUGAUCGGUGGGGCCCAUAGUUUGGGCGCAGCGCAUGCGGUGUGCACUUGCUAUGCAGGAUCGUUCAGUGACAGACCGCUGAGUUGGGCGGGACCCGAUUUCUUCCGUGAUUUGGUGGAUGAGGAGUGGACUUGGUAUACUCUGACCACCUUUGACGACGAUACGAUCACUUUCACUAUUGGCAGCGAACCUGACUGGCCUACGGGACGGGGCAAGCGCGAGAUUCAAUGA